CAACCAAACAGUGAGGAGGGUCCUGUGGGGUCACCUACAGCCUGCUACUUUAAAGGCUCGCUUAAUUUCUAGCAGUUUACGAACUCUUUUCACAAGAUUCCAGUACAUCGGAAACACACAUCACAAUUGUUCUUUGAAAAUACACCAGGUGGAGUGUAGUGAUGUAGGGAGAUACUUUGUCAGAUUUAACACCAUGUCUAAUAGACCUCAUGAAGAAAAUGCCCCAGUACUGAAGGUUGUUGAUUUGACUAUUUUUAUGUCAAAACCUUCUGUAAAGGAAGCAAUAAGGGAAGGCGACUCUGUAAAUCUCACCUGCAUGAACAGUUGUGAUGGUGGUAAGAUUUCAUCUGCGUACACCUGGUUUAAGAAUGGAGAGCCAUUACACGAAGGAGCAGCUCUUUAUUUAAGAAACGUGUCCCCUACAACCUCUGGAAACUACACUUGUUCUCUAAAAACACACUUAGGAUCAACUUCAAGUGUCCUGGGUAUAGAUGUUGAAUAUGGCCCUAGGAACACCACAGUGCUUGUCCAACCACCUUUGGGGGCAGACCCUGGCAGCGACUUUACCCUGAUUUGCAGCAGUCAUGCAAACCCCCCCGUGGAGAAUUAUACGUGGUUCAGAAUAGCUGCAGGUGAUUCUGUAAAUGUUGGACAUCAGCCAGUGUUCCACCCUAGGGACAGUGACCAGUAUUUAUGCAGUGUCACCAACAAACACGGAAGUCAAAACUCUUCUGUUGUCACUUUAAACAUUAAAAAAAACUGGCCAAUGUUUUGGGAAUACGUACUUAUCAUUGUAACAGUUGCUGUAGUUCUGAUUGUGACCACUUUUAUUGCUGUUAGAAGACUUAACAAAAAGCAAAUGAGGUCACCGGUGGAAAGUGGUGAGAAAGAAUCGCAGAACACAGGUCGUGUCAGCAGGCUCUCAAUGUGUGAUGAUAACCAACCACAACAUCAGGAUCAGAGUGAAGGAGAAACCACUGAAAUCGUCUACGCGGCUGUUUACUUCCACAACAAAAGAAAGCCAAACGCGGAGCAGCAGAAGAACACCCAAAGUGAAGAUGUCAUUUACAGCACAGUGUGCAGACCAGUUUGUGCAGCUUUGAACCACCCACAGAACCGACAGGAGGCAGCUGGCCCAAUAUAUGCCUCGCCUAAAAGAAAACAGCCUCCAUAUACUGAAGAGGGAGCCUGUUUGUUAAAGGGGUCAAAGUUCUAG